UUUUACCUACCUUAUAAAGCAUGGAAGGCUGAGUCAACCUUGGGCCUGGUGGGACUUGAACUUGCAGUAAUUGCAAGCAGCUGUGUUUAUAACAGACUGUCUUACCAGCCUGAGCCACCAGAGGCCUCUUUUAUUUUAUUUUUUAGAAAUGUGCUUCCUGUUCCCCAACUGUCAUCAUUCUCCCAGUUAGUUAUAGCUCUCAGAGGGAUGCAAAGACGUUUAACAGAUGCUGCUUUCCUAAACCCAAACGGAAAAUAUCAAAAAAUAAUCAAAUAGCACCCAUGGUAUAGAACUGGGAUCCCCAGAAAUAAUUAAAUUUGCAACCUCAGUGUAGAACUGAGACCUGAGUCAGCCGGUCUCUAUGCAGAAACAUUGAACAUCAUUCAGUCAAAGGCCUCAGGAUAUGAGGGAAUAGGGGCCGGUUUAGCUCAGGCUGGUAAAGCCUGUUAUUAAGAACACAGAGCCUGCAAUUACUGCAGGUUCAAGCCCGGCCCAAGGUUGACUCAGCCUUCCAUCCUUUAUAAGGUAGGUAAAAUGAGGACCCAGAUUGUUGGGGGGGCAAUAAGUUGACUUUGUAAAAAAUAUACAAAUAGAAUGAGACUAUUGCCUUAUACACUGUAAGCCGCCCUGAGUCUUCGGAGAAGGGCGGGGUAUAAAUGUAAACAAACAAACAAACAAACAAUAAACAAACAUGCAGAUGAAUGUAGAGCGUGUGGGAAGAGCUGAAAGGAUGAACAAUUCCUCUCUCACAAAAGGAGCCAGAAGCGUCCCAAGUGCUUGUGCAAUUUUGUUUUCAAGCAUUGUGGCCGUAUUUUGCUCUUCUGUAGUGUGGUGAAGGCUAAGAAGUCCACAUUUGAUUUAAAUAAAAUUAAUUAAAUAUCAAUGGUGUGGUUUUGUUCUAAUCAUGUAUUAUACUCAUCUGUUAAACUCUUUAGUUGCUUUAAAAAUGUAUUAACAAGAUUUUUGAAAGGAUUUGGAAGGGGCAUAUUUCAGAAUUUGAGAGGCUCAUAUUGGUUUGAAGCUCAAUUAUCAGUAAUAGUUCUGGGUCAAGCUGGACAAUAAAGAAACAGAAAAGAGCAGAGAAGUUAAUUUAUUUUUUCUUUCCAUCGACAUUCUUUCUUUCACUAAUUGUAGCUAAAUCUCUUUUUUCUUGCAUUAUCACCUCCCUAUCCAGAAAAACCUUUUCAAACUGUUGGAAUCCUCAGGUUGUGUGCUUGGAGGAGAAUUUGUAUUUAUCUUUUUCUGUUUAUUCAUGAUCUGGGAACUGAUGAGUCCCAAUAUUGCUGGGAUUGGUCCGGGUUCUUUCUUCCCUCUGAAUGGCAUUUUUAGGUCGUAGAGGUAAGGCAGAAGGGAUAAGGCCUGUCACAAGCCAGAAGUUUAUUUCAGGAGCUGUUAAUGUGUGGCCAUCUUGUCUCCUUUCCCCAGGCUCAUACGUGUCAGGGUGCACACAGCUUUACUACCUGAGAUAACCCAGGAGCAAUUAUAAGAAACUGGUUUGUAAGAAAUAGUGGUUGUAUCUACAAAAGAAUAUAUACUAUACAUACAUGCACUAUAGGCAGAAGUCAAACAAUCAGUAAAUUACAGCAGGGAAGAACACAUGGGGAGAGAGAGACACAAUUACUAAUAGGGCCUCUUCUUACUAUACAGUCUCUUAAAGGGAUAACAGCCAAAAACCUUGCUGACUCAUUCCUAUCAUUACAUCACUGCAUUAUUUCAUCAUCGUAGCAGCUGGUCAGCUCUUAAAUCACUAUCCUGACAUACUUCCUGUGAUGUGUUGCCUAUGUAAUCCCUACACAAAUCAGUGGUGAUCCCCCCAUGGUACAAUAUUUAUGUUCAUUAUUUGCCUUCCCUGAUUUUAUAAGUGUACCUUUUCUCUAGGCACAUAUGAGAUGCAAACGCUCCUAAAAGUGCUAAGUGUCUUAAACCUAGGGGUUGGUUCUAUUAUUUGUGACAGUUGUUUCUUUGUUAUUUUGUAGCCUCACUGAUGGACAUUGGGGGGUUCAAGUGUUUUUGAUAGAACAAGAAUGCAAGUCAUAUCAUGUCCAUUUGUUCUAGUUCUCUUUUGCCUCUCAUUUCAACUCCUUCACUGUGUGGAUCAGAGAUCCUGAGGGAAGGAGGCUUCCAUCAAAUCUCCCCCAGGAACUGUACUUUUAAAUACAAUACUCUUUACUGCAGCAUAACACUGCCAAAAGCAGUUGGAUUGUGAAAGCUUCCUGAUCAAGGGGAGCAUGAGUGCCCUCUCCUGGUUUCCUAUGGGAAAUGCACCACUCUCCACCUUUGGCCCACAGAAAAUCCACCAGGGUGGUUGCCUCUGCAAAGAGAAGGGAACACCAUGAACUUAUUGGGCCACUGUUGCAGGUCUGGAAAAUAGUGAGAUCAUAAGACUUGCCUUCCUAGGAUGCUGGACUCCCUCUCUUUAACCCCUUGAGCUUCGCAGGCAGUUAAAAAGGCCACAAGAACGUCUUAAAGGAGAGCAAGCCAGAAGUGGAAAGGGCUGGUGUGUUUAUGUGGGGGUGGGGAGUUUCUUCCCAUAUGUAAGAAAAAAUCAAAACCCCGUUAUCUCCAAUAAAAUAUAACUAUAAGAAAAAAAACCUUUGGAAAUAUUAUCCAUAAGGAAAAGCCUCAGAAAAGCCAAAAGACCAAGACUCUAAUAAAAACCAUCUGAAGCCCAUUCACAUUCCAGCCAGAUGCCCAAAGAAAACAUUGUAACAAGAAGCUAACUGCAAAGGGAUGCAGGCACUUAAGAAGAUAAAGAGCUUAUUGAAAGCGGAAUCCAACUAUCUAGAUGGCUCCAUUCAUAAGCAAAGCAAGUUCUGCCUACAGAACUCCACUCAUGCAGGAUAUUUCAAAACCCCUUACAGCAAUUUUGACAGCUAACAAAAACAUAGUGAUAGGAUUAGAGCAAGCAGCCGCUCACCCAAAAAUCUAACACAGGACAUAGCCAUCAGCCACAAUAAGAAUUACCCAACUCCCUUUCAGUACCCAAAGCCCAUAUUGCACAAAUCCCAAACGUCAAAGUUACAGAACCAUAUAAGAACCCUUCUACUCACUGAGCUGGUUGGUCAGCUGCCCCAGAACUGCACGCUGUGUGUACAUCCAGCAACAAUCAUUUGUGUCUUGGGAGUGGAGACCCCCAGAUCUCAUGUUUCCCUACCAUCCUUUUCGAUGAUUCUAACAGGCAGAGAGGAAAGCAGAGCUCCAGACCAGGAAUAAAAUCACGUUCCAGAAAAGAAAGUGGGGGUGGGGGAAGGAUAGUCUUUUCUGCCCCAUUUCUUCAGAAAAGCUCCUGGAUACGGGGAGUGGGUGAGCUUCCGUGGCAAAUGUCGAGUAGGAAAUCAGAAAAGGUUAGCAAGGAAGAAUUAUGCUUGCAUUCCCAUUAUGCACCGGAUGACACUAAACAAGGUUUGGAACCUCUGCAGUUCAAUUUGUCAUAGGAGGGUAGUGAACCAGAUCAUCAUGUUAAGCUGUGUGCUUUUAAGCCUUUGUGCUUUCCUGCAUAUAAAGAAAAUCAAUAUAAAAUGUUUUAUAGAUGGCAUAUGCCACCUGAGAAACUGGCAAAAAUGUUUCAAGAUAAAUCAGCUAAAUGUUGGAAAUGUCAUCAGUUACCAGGAUCUUAGUAUCCCCAGCUACAACUUCAAAAAAGCCAACUACGAUCUUAUAAACAACGAUCUUUCAUUACUGGACUGGCAAAAUCUAUUUGCAACCUGCACAACUGCUGAAGACCACUAUAGAGUUUUCCUACUUGAAAUCAAUAAAGUCAUUAAACUAUAUGUACCACAAAUGACCACCAUGACCAGGAAAAGCAAACUACCCAUAUCAAUAAAAAAGCUUCAAUCAAAAAAAAAAUCCCUCUGGAAAAGAAACAAAAAAGGCUGUGUAGCAAAUUUCAAAAUCCGCUACAAAAAUAUAUGCAACCAAAUAAAAACUGAAUGCACAAAUUAUCACACCAAGCAAGAAGAGAACCUUUUGCGCACAAAUUCCAAUCGUGCCUUUUAUAAUUUUGUGAACAAUAAACUUAAAGACUCAAGAUCCAUCCCACCACUAAAAGAUUCUAACAACAAAGAAUGCAAUGACGAAACAGUUAAAGCUAACCUCUUCAAUAGUUUCUUUGGCUCAGUUUUUGUUAACAGCAAUAACACAUAUCCAACAUUCCAUAAACGCACUAGCAUUGAAUAUGAUGACUUAACCCAUAUAGAGUUCACAGAAGAAAACGUUGAAAAAGCUCUUAAUAACUUGAAACCAUCGCUAUCAAUUGGACCUGAUGGACUAUGCGCAUACUUCUUAAAAAAACUUUCCACUAAUAUAGCAGAACCCCUAAGCAUAAUCUUUGACAAAGCUUUCACAACCAGUUCCCUUCCUAAACUUUGGUCACUAGCCACAGUCAUCCCUAUCUUCAAAAAAGGAGACCCCAGCUUAGUAGAAAAUUACAGACCGAUCUCUCUGUGCUGCGUCAACUGCAAAGUCAUGGAAUCAAUCAUCAACCAAUCCAUUACCUCACACUUAGAAACUAACAACCUACUCUCCAAUAAACAAUCUGGUUUCAGGAAAAGAUUAUCAUGCAACUUACAACUUCUUCACUGUAAAAACAUAUGGACUACUAAUCUCGAUCAAGGCAAAACAGUAGAUGCAAUCUACAUAGACUUCUGCAAAGCUUUUGACUCAGUAGUACACGAUAAACUUCUCCUAAAACUAAAAUCCUAUGGCAUUUCAGGACCCCUUCACAAAUGGAUAUCUGCAUUUCUGUCCAACAGACAACAAGUGGUCAAAAUUGGCAAUGCUCUUUCAAAUCCUGUUCCUGUCAAGAGUGGCGUUCCUCAAGGCAGCGUCCUUGGACCAACACUCUUCAUACUAUACAUUAAUGAUCUUUGUGACCAUAUUGCAAGUAAUUGUGUUCUCUUUGCUGACGAUGUCAAACUAUUUAACACCACAGACAAUGCAUCUAUCAUCCAAAAAGACCUUGAUCAUCUAACCACUUGGUCUAAAACUUGGCAACUCCAGAUCUCAACCAGCAAAUGCUCAGUCUUACAUAUUGGAAAAAAGAACCCUAACACUAAGUACAUACUUGAUGGACAUUACCUUACAGAUGACCCCCUCCCCGUUAAAGACCUUGGAGUUUUCAUGUCAAAUGAUCUAAGUGUCAAAGCCCACUGUAACUACAUAGCAAAAAAGGCCCUAAGAGUUGUAAACCUAAUCCUGCGUAGCUUCUUUUCCAAAAACACUACACUACUAACCAGAGCAUAUAAACAUUUGCUAGACCAAUUUUAGAAUACAGCUCGCCUCUUUGGAACCCUCACCACAUCUCUGACAUCAAUACAAUUGAGCGAGUCCAGAAAUAUUUUACAAGAAGAGUUCUCCAUUCCUCUGAAAACAACAAAAUACCUUAUCCCACCAGACUUGAAAUCCUAGGCCUAGAAAACUUGGAACUCCGUCGCCUUCGACAAGACCUAAGUUUAACUCAUAGAAUCAUCUAUUGUAAUGUCCUUCCUGUUAAAGACUACUUCACCUUUAAUUGCAACAAUACAAGAGCAACCAACAGAUUUAAACUUAAUGUUAACCGCUUUAAUCUAGAUUGCAGAAAAUAUGACUUCUGUAACGGAAUCAUCAGUGCUUGGAAUACGUUACCUGACUCUGUGGUCUCUUCCCAUAAUCCUAAAAGCUUCAACCAAAAACUUUCUACUAUUGACCUCACCCCAUUCCUAAGAGGACCAUAAGGGGCGUACAUAAGCGCACAAACGUGCCUACCGUUCCUGUCCUAUUGUUGUUGUUUUUUUUCUUUUUUCUUUCUUUUCUUUUCUUUUUCCUAUAUAUAUAUUGGUGCUUAUACCUCCUAAUAUUUACUCAUAUAUAUGCUUAUAUACUAUAUAAUCCUUUUUAUAUGAUGUUGUGACAAAAUAAAUAAAUAAAUAAAUAAAUAUGCGGUGGACAUGCCCGGAAGCCAAAAACUAUUGGGAGAAAAUAAAGGGUUGGUUAGAAGAAAUGACCCAACAAUAUAUUGAUUCAAAACUGGAGUUGUUUUUAUUGGAGAUCCUACCAGAGAAAAUUAGUAAAGAAAAUAUUUGAUUAUAUCUGUAAUUACAGCACAAGAAUUGUUUUUGUGCAAAAUUGGAAAGUAGAGAAAAUACCCCGGAAGGAGAAAUUAUUUAAAAAAAUUUAGAUUGUGCAGAAAUGAAUAGAUUAACUUUGAUGAUUAAAGAAAGAGAGGAUUCAGAACACUUUUAAGGUAUGGGACAAAUUUUAGUAUUGGUUAGAAGAAAGGUAUAGAUGAGCAAUGGACAAUUAUGUAAGAAAAGGAUAAUAAUGUAUCUGUGAAAAAAUGGUAAUAGUUUAAAUUGGAGUGAAGAAAGAAGAAACAGGAAGAAAGCACCAAGAUGUCACACGGAUGGAAUUACUGAUGUUUUAAAUGUAUGCUUGUCUAUAAAAUAAAAUAAAAAAACGCCUUUGUGUUUCACGUGAACUGAGCCCCUCAAUUUCGUUGAUCUGUUUGUGUUCAGGGCAUGUUUAUUUAUUUUAUUUAUUUACUUUCUUCUAUAUUUUCAAGGAUGGGCCUAGCUCUGAAGCCAGGAACAGAAGUGAAACUCAGAAGCAUUGCCAAAAGCUUCCCAAUCAAGGAGCCCCCUCCUGGCCCCCCAUGGGAAAUGCACCAUUUCUCCGCUCUUUGCAUGAGCACCUUCCGUGCACAGAAAAUCCACCAGGGGGGAACCUUCAGCUUUGGGCCUUACAAGUUGGGAAGGCAGUGACAUCAUUCAGUUUUUGCCUUUCUAGGAUGCUGGACUCUCUCUCACUUUAACCCUUCGAGCUCUGCAGGAGUUUACAAAGGCGGAAAACAAAAUCCAAACGUGGAAAAGGACAGAGAAAGAAUGGCAAGCCUUCCUUUAGCAAGUGGGGGAACUGGAAAAGGCCCUUCCGGUGCUCAGUCUGGAGUCCACGGGGAGAUCUUGGCAAGAACUGGGCAGAAGAUGCUGGAAGAAGGAACCAUCGUUUCACAAGUUCAGGCUUGGAAUUUCAGGAAUGUCCAAUAUCAGGAGGAUGAGGGUCCCCGAGGACUUUGCAGCCGACUGCACUACUUUUGUAGUCGAUGGUUGAGUCCAGACAAGCACACAAAAGCGCAGAUGCUGGACCUGGUUGUUCUGGAGCGGUUCCUGGCCCUUCUGCCCCUGCAGAUGGAGAGCUGGGUGCGGGAGUGUGGAGCAGAGACCAGCUCCCAGGCGGUGGCCCUGGUGGAAGGCUUUCUCCUGAGCCAGGCGGAGGAGAAGAAGGAGCAGGUUGAGUUGCAGUCCUUCGCAAUGGAGAUCAGAGAUCCUGAGAGAAAGAGGCAUCCCUCAGAUCUCCCUCAAGAACUGUCUUUCAGGGGGAUCCCUCAGGAAGAUCCAAUUCAGGACACCUCAGGAGGGGAGAAUAGAAGGAAGUUGACUCUUUGUUUUGGGGGAACAGAAACCAGGAUUGAACCUCCAACUCAGGUGGGUCUUGUGUCCUUUGAGGCGGUGGCUGUGUAUUUCUCAGAGGAGGAGUGGACUCAGCUGGAUCCUCACCAAAAAGCUCUGCAUUGGGAAGUCAUGUUGGAGAAUUAUAAGAAUGUGGCCUCUCUUGGUGAUAAUGAGAAUGACAAUGAAGAAUCUGGAGAAUCAAUCAAAGUGUUUAGACAAGGAGACCUAAUGGAGAAACCUGCAAUUCAAACAGAAUUCCAAAGACAGGACAGAAACCUGUCAAGUAACAGGAAUAAGGGAAGCUCGUCUUCAAUUGUUGCUCAGAUGCAGGAAUUUAUUGAUCAACAAGGAAAACUAAAGAAUAAAUAUACUGGGAAAGAUGUAAGACUCUUCAAAGACACAUUAGAUGUAAAUGGACCCUCUCCAUCAAAAGCCAAAGGAGCAGCCAAUAUAUGCGAAGACAAAGGGAAAAAUUACAGUUGGAUAUUCACACUUUCUCAAGAAAAUGGGUCUCUUGAGUCACAGAAAAGUUUUCACAUGGGAGAGAAGUCAAAUAAAUACAAUGAACAUGGAAACAAUAUUGUUAAUAAAAGGACAUGCACAAGGGAGAAACCAUAUAAAUGCAUGGAGUGUGGAAAGGGCUUCAGAAGAAACAGUCAUCUUACAUGCCAUCAAAGGAUCCACACAGGGGAGAAGCCAUAUAAAUGCAUGGAGUGUGGAAAGAGCUUCAGAAGUAACAGUGACCUUACACCCCAUCAAAGGAUCCACACAGGGGAGAAACCAUAUCAAUGCAUGGAGUGUGGAAAGAGCUUCAGAACAAGCAAGGAACUUACAUCCCAUCAAAGGAUCCAUACAGGGGAGAAACCAUAUCAAUGCAUGGCGUGUGGAAAGGGCUUCAGAACAAGGAAGGAACUAACAUCCCAUCAAAGGAUCCACACAGGGGAGAAGCCACAUAAAUGCAUGGAGUGUGGUAAGAGCUUCACUACAAGUAGUAAUCUUACAGCCCAUCAAAGGACCCACACAGGGGAGAAACCAUAUAAAUGUACGGAGUGUGCAAAGAGCUUUAGCCAAAAGGGCAGCCUUAUUAUCCAUAAAAGGAUCCACACAGGGGAGAAGCCAUAUAAAUGCAUGGAGUGUGGAAAGAGUUUCAGAACAAGCAAUGAACUUGCAUCCCAUCAAAGGAUCCAUACAGGGGAGAAACCAUAUAUAUGCAUGGAAUGUGGAAAGGGCUUCAGAAGAAACAAUAAUCUUACAUGCCAUCAAAGGAUCCACACAGGGGAGAAGCCAUAUAAAUGCAUGGAGUGUGGAAAGACCUUCAGAACAAGCAAUGAACUUGCAUCCCAUCAAAGGAUCCAUACAGGAGAGAAACCAUAUAUAUGCAUGGAAUGUGGAAAGGGCUUCAGAAGAAACAAUAAUCUUCCAUCCCAUCAAAGGAUCCACACAGGGGAGAAGCCAUAUGAAUGCAUGGAGUGUGGAAAGACCUUCAGAACAAGCAAGGAACUUACAUCCCAUCAAAGGAUCCACACAGGGGAGAAACCAUAUCAAUGCAUGGAGUGUGGAAAGACCUUCAGAACAAGCAAGGAACUUACAUCCCAUCAAAGGAUCCAUACAGGGGAGAAGCCAUAUCAGUGCAUGGCGUGUGGAAAGGGCUUCAGAACAAGCAAUGCACUUACAUCUCAUCAUAGGAUCCAUACAGGGGAGAAGCCAUAUCAGUGCAUGGCGUGUGGAAAGGGCUUCAGAACAAGCAAUGCACUUGCAUCUCAUCAAAGGAUCCACACAGGGGAGAAGCCACAUAAAUGCAUGGAGUGUGGUAAGAGCUUCAGUACAAGUAGUAAUCUUACAUCCCAUCAAAGGACCCACACAGGGGAGAAACCAUAUAAAUGUAUGGAGUGUGCAAAGGGCUUUAGCCAAAAGGGCCACCUUAUUACCCAUAAAAGGAUCCACACAGGGGAGAAGCCAUAUAAAUGCAUGGAGUGUGGAAAGGGCUUCAGAACAAGGAAGGAACUAACAUCCCAUCAUAGGAUCCACAUAGUGUUGUGACCUAGGCUUCCUUAGUCAUUACAAGACACAAUUAGUCCCAAACAAACCUAUUUUAUUGUAACAGCUGAGAAUUACCUCAUUCCUAGAUAAGUCCAAAUUAAUUGCAAGACCAGUCCUUCGGAAGAAGUCCUUCGGGAUUAUCACAAACUUUUAUCUUCUUUGAUACCCUGCCAAAGGCCUUACUUGGAAACAACCCUACGAAGUUCAGAAACACGAAACGCUGACUGGAAACAGAGUUAUCAACCUUUCUUUCCUAUAAAGAGCCCAAGUACCUUUGCUGCUCUUUUAAGCCUUAUGGGAGGGGCCAAUCAUCUCCUGGUCUUACUCCCGAGUUGUCCCUUUUGCUUUAGCUUCUCUUGCCUUCUGGCAGCUCUGUGCAUGCAUGCACUAGGAACAGCCUCCUCCUGUUUCUCUGCCUCUCUUCUAUCCGAUUCUGGAGGCUUCGGAGUCCAUGUAUCAUGCCUUGCGGCCAUCUCUGCCUCCGAAGCAGAGUUUAUCCAGGCCUUCCUCAGACCCCAUGUUCGUCCCCACUCUCCUCACUGUCUGACUCUGCUGCCAGCUCCGCAGGCUGCUGGCGGAUCACAACACACAGGGGAGAAGCCAUAUAAAUGCAUGAAGUGUGGAAAGAGCUUCAGAACAAGGAGUUAUCUUACAUCCCAUCAAAGGAUCCAUACAAGGGUGAAGCCAUAUAAAUGCUUGGAGUGUGGAAAGGGCUUCAGCACACCCCAUAGUCCUAUUUCCCAAAAUAUGAUUCAUAGACUGGAAAAUCCCCCCCAAAAAGAUACAUUUGGGUGAGAAUGUAUGCUAAUUAUUGAUUUAAUGGGUUCUAUGUAUGGAUUUCCAAUUUACAGACUGAACUCUGAAAAGAGUUUUUCUGCGGUUCACCCUCCUGACAGCUGUAGAGAUGAAUUUAGUAAUUAAAAUAAAAACAAUGGACAUGUGUCAUUAUAAUUAUGAUUUAUACUGUUUUGAAUGUAUCAGUAUAUACACUAUAUAGGAGUAUCAUCCUGGAAGCUCACGGGUCGGUUGUGUCACAUGCAGGACACACCCACCCCAGCUCCGCGAAUAGGGAAACCGUCCCAAUGCGUCCCAUAAUGGCAAAGUCACGCGGGGAGUUUGAAACCGGUGGUAUAUAGGUUUAUUUUAUUUUUUAGAAAUGAGCUUCCUGUUCCCCAACUGUCAUCAUUCUCCCAGUUAAUUAUAGCUCUCAGAGGGAUGUAAUGACUUAACAGAUGCUGCUUUCCUAAGCCCAAAAAAUAAUCAAAUAGCACCCCUGGUAUAGAACUGGGAUCCCCAAAAGUAAUUAAAUUUGCAUCCUCAGUGUAGUACUGAAACCUGAGUCAGCCGGUAUCUUUGCAGAAACACUGAACAUUAUUCAGUCAAAGGCCUCAUGAUAUGAGGGAAUUGUCACAUGCAGAUCAAUAUAGAGCGUGUGGGAAGAGCUGAAAGGAUGAACAAUUCCUCUCUCACAAAAGGAGCCAGAAGCGCCCCAAGUGCUUGUGCAAUUUUGUUUUCAAGCAUUAUGGCCACAUUUUGCUCUUCUGUAGUGUGGUGAAGGCUAAGAAGUCCCCAUUUGAUUUAAAUAAAAUUAAUUAAAUAU